GACUCUGUUGCAUCUGGAUCACCAAAAGGUGCUGUUAGAAGGCGAACUACUGGAAACGCUACCGUAUCUCGAUCCGGUGGCAGUUCUUCAACUAUGAUGAAAUUGUACACUGACGAUGCUCCAGGUUUAAGAGUAGACCCAGUUGUUGUUAUUGUACUUGCACUUUCUUUUAUCGGUUCUGUAUUCAUUCUUCAUAUAUAUGGAAAGUUUACCCGUGGAUAA